UUUUUCUUUUUCUUUUUCUUUUUUUUUUUUGCUUUUCAUACCAUGGAUUCUCAAACAAAAAUCGCUCUGACUCGUAUUGAGCAAAUCAAGAACCAGUUAAACUUGUCUCCUUCCCCUAUGUCUCGCCAGGCACCCAAGGAUAUGGCAAAAGAACGUAUCGCCGCAGAAUUUGACAUUGAAGCACUUGCUGCAUUAUGGGCCGGGGGGAAACAAAAAUACGAGUUAGUUAAAAAGGCACAUGCCCUUAUUGAACAUGACCCUUUGUUGGUCAUUCAAUCACCUCGUAAUUAUCUGGGGCUUUCAAGGCCAGAAAUGCGUGAAUUCACCAUGGGACAAAUCUAUCGAGUCCAUCAACUGGUAUCUGAAAUCAAUGACAAAGACUUUAUUAAAGAAAUAGAGAAUGCUGUUGCCAAUUACAAUGAGCAUUUUGCCAUGCGAUUCUUUGUAUCAAAUUCGCUUUUCAAAAAUGUGGUCAACAUGAUUGGCGAUAAAGAACAACAAGAAAGAUACGUUCAAGAGGUGGAUGAUUAUAGACUAUUUGGGUGUUUUGCAAUGACUGAACUAGGUCAUAGUUCUGCUUUGCGUGAGAUUGAGACAACAGCUACCUUUGAUCUUGCCACAGAUGAAUUUGUGCUUGAUUCUCCCUCCAUUACUUCUACCAAAUGGUGGAUCGGUGGUGCUGCUGAAACAGCGACGCAUGCAGUAGUCAUUGCGCAAACCAUUAUCCAUGGUAAAGAAGUCGGCUUAAACUGGUUUGUUGUUCAAGUUCGUAACAAGCAUGACGGUGCACUGGAACCAGGCGUAUUUAUUGGCGACAUUGGCGAAAAAGUAGGCCAUGCCGGUGUAGAUAACGGUUGGAUUCAGUUCAAUAAGAGACGUAUUCCUCGUCGAGAUAUGUUGUCUAAAUGGGUGAGUCUGGAUCGUCACGGAAACUAUUCUCCAGCACCCAAUCCUGCUGUCAUGUAUGCUACUUUGAUCCCUGAGCGUCUUGCUCUGAUCGGCGUCACAACACAGCUCAUCUCUCAAGCGCUUACGAUUACAACUCGUUAUGGUGUUGUACGCCGUCAAGGCGAUAAAAACCAGCAAAUCAUGGACUAUCAAUCGCAUUACGCCAAGCUCAUCCCUGCUAUAGCGUUCAUGUAUAUGCUAAAGACUUCUUCUGCUGAAAUUUAUGGACAGUUUGAGGUCUUGAUUGCAGGUGGUAAGAUGGACCCUACUAUCUAUUUGAAUCAUAUGGGUGAUAUGCAUGCUUUGGCUUCUUCCCUCAAAGGAUUGGCUGGUUGGUAUUCAACAGAGAUCCUUGAAACAUGCCGUCGAAGCUGUGGUGGACAUGCUUAUUCUUCUUAUAAUGCCAUUGGUCAACUCGUUGCUGAUUGGGGUGUGAUGACAACAGGCGGUGGUGAUAAUGUAGUACUUUUACAACAAGCCUGCCGUUACCUCGUGUAUACAUUGGACAAAAAACUAGAACAUGAUACUUAUCCUAAGCUUCAGUUCGAAAGUUCUUCUCAUUACAUCAAGGAUGCUAAAAUAUAUCUUGAAAACAAAGUCUGGUCUGUCACAGAUGCUUCUGAUUGUCUUACCGAUUUCACAUUGAUUGAAGAAGCAUUAAAUACAGUGCUUGUAAAGCGAUUGAAUAGUAUUCGUAUGGCUCACAAGAAUCGAUCUGAUGUUUUGCUUGAAUCUGUUCGAGUAGCAGAACUUCAUUGUGCAGCCUAUCUGUUCCAUAUCGGUGCUAAAAAGUUUGGUCAACCCAUUGGAACCAAAGGCAUUGAACCUAGUGUCUUGGCGAUCAUGAAAAAACUGACUGCUGUUUGGGGUCUUCAUGUCCUUCAUACCUAUGGUGAUCAAGGUUUUAAAGAAGGUUAUUUCACACCUCAGCACAUUAUCAGUAUUGAAAAGACAUACAUUGACACCUGUAGAUCGCUUCGUAGCCAAGUUAUCGGGCUUACAGAUGGUUUUGGACAUCCUGAUUUUGUAUUGAAAGCACCUAUUGCUCGUUACGAUGGUGAUAUCUAUCAACCUUAUUUUGAAACCCUUUUGGCUGCACCAGGAAGUGUUGGCAUUGCACCUUACCAUGCCAAAUACAUCAAGCCUUUAACAGAUCGUGAAAGUAAUAAGAAAUCAGCAUAAUUUAGACCUUCUUUAUAAAUAAAUAAUAUUUUGUACCUGCAUUCAUUAAAUGAGAUGUA